AUGGAGAGGAAGAAAUUCCGACGAGAUACUCUGGUGAUGGUGUUGUGGCCAAGUGUCCUUUUUGGCAUGAACAUGUUGAAUACUAGGAUGAACACCUUGAAUAUGGAUAUGAACUUGAUGAACACCUUGAACAUUGAUAUGAACUUGUUGAAUAUGUCUAAAACUUCUGGUAGAGAAAGUCAUGACCCCCCUGCCUUUGGUGGGGAAAAUACUGAAGGUGAGGAGCCAAGCCUAUAUGUGUGUUCCGAAGGUGAGAGUUCCCAAAUGGAGGGUGUGGUAGAAGGUGUUAUAGAGAGUAGGAUGGUAGGGCUCGAGGGUGAGAGGAGGGAGCUAUUAGUGGACUCUUAG